CUCCCUUUCUUCGCUUGAUCUAUCAAUGAACUUAAUUGAUUGUAACUGUGAUCUAAAGUGGCUUAUUGAUUGGUUAAAUGAACCUAUAAGCCUGAAAAACAAGGACAAAACUAUCUGUUCGUCAGUAUCUAUGUGGCCUCUCCGUGAGAAACCCCUGCUUGAUUUUGAUUCAAAUGAACUCUGUAUAAUGAACUAUGGUCUAUUCUCUCUGAUUCCCCUCGCCUCCAUUAUCUUGAUUGUCAUCAGCGUGCUGUUGUAUCACUACCGAUGGCAGUUGAGGUACAAACUCUUUCUCUUGAAACUGGCCGCGCUGGGCUAUAACGAGAUGCGAGACGCUCGAGACCACAAUGACUACGAGUUUGACGUGAACAUCAUUUUCUACGACGAUGACGAAGAAUGGAUUUUCGAACAGCUCCGACCGGCUCUCGAAGAAAGGCUUCCACAGUUUCAAAGGAACGUUUAUGGGGACCAAGACCUUGUGUUGGGUAUGCAUUACUUAGAUUCCGUCGAUUACGUGGUGAGCCAUAGUUACAAGACCAUCAUAUUGCUUAGCAGAGCUGCUGUGCACGACCACUGGUUUAUACUCAAGUUCCGUACGGCCAUGGACCACGUGAGUGACACUCUGACUGAAUUUGUUGUCGUGGUUUUCCUCGAAGACAUCCCAGGUGACGAGAUGCCAUUCUUGGCGAGGUUGUACCUCAGUGAUGGUAGACCCUAUAUUCACUGGACUGAGAACGUGAGAGGACAAGAAUAUUUCUGGGAUGAAUUGACCAAGAAUCUGACCAUUAAUCUAAGGACGAAUGAUUUGAUCCCAAACGAGUAG